AUGGCUGCUUUAUUAAGCUCUUCUUCCUCGCUCGUCCUACGAGUUCAUAAUCGACUGGCUGAGUGGCUUCAAUCCUAUACCUACUCAAUCUUUGUACAAGCUACUGAUACAUUGCCCGUCGCGAUGGUCUACACGGCGUCUUUUGCCUUCUUUGAGGCAUUAUGGGAAGCGGGCGUCACCCAUUGCUUUGUGAACCUCGGCUCCGACCACCCCUCUAUCCUCGAGGCCAUGGUAAAGGGCCAGAAGGAGAAGCCGGAUGAGUUUCCUAAGAUCGUUACCUGCCCAAAUGAGAUGGUCGCUCUAUCCAUGGCCGACGGUUAUGCCCGAUUAACAGGCAAGCCACAAUGCGUGAUUGUGCACGUAGACGUCGGUACACAAGGUCUUGGAGCUGCAGUGCAUAAUGCAUCGUGUGGCCGGGCACCAGUCCUUAUCUUCGCGGGUCUAUCCCCAUUCACACUAGAGGGAGAGAUGCGCGGUUCACGAACCGAGUACAUCCACUGGAUCCAGGACGUCCCCGACCAGAAGCAGAUUGUGGGUCAGUAUUGUCGCUACGCGGCUGAUAUCCGGUCUGGGAAGAAUAUCAAGCAGAUGGUGCAUCGGGCGCUGCAGUUCGCGACCAGUGACCCCAAGGGUCCCGUUUACCUUGUUGGAGCGCGUGAGGUCAUGGAGGAGGAAAUUGAACCGUAUAGCGUCAGUCCGUAUGCGUGGAGAGGAGUUGCACCUUCGGCAUUGCCGACUGAGGGGGUUGAGCUUAUCGCAUCUGAGCUCGCAGCGGCAAAGGAGCCGCUGGUUAUUGUGGGAUAUUCCGGGAGAGAUGCGAGGGGUGUGAAAGAGUUGGUGGCUCUCGCGGAUACCUUGCAGGGCAUUCGAGUGCUAGAUACGGGUGGCAGUGAUAUGUGCUUCCCGGGGGAUCAUCCGGCAUCCUUGGGAAUGAGGUUUGGAAUACAUGAUGCUAUCAAGACGGCAGAUUUGAUUCUGGUGGCGGACUGUGAUGUGCCCUGGAUCCCGACACAAUGCAAACCCUCCAAGUCGGCGAAGAUUAUCCAUGUCGAUGUUGACCCGCUCAAGCAGCAGAUGCCUGUGUUCUAUAUUCCUGCCAUGGCGACCUUCCGAGCCGAGUCGGCAACCGCGUUCAAGCAGAUCAACGAAUACGUCGCGGCAAAUGAGAAGCUCAGGCAGGUGGUCAAUUCAGAGGAGAACGCUGCCCGAGGGAAACGCCGAGAAGAACAGUUCCGCAAGGCCCGGCAGACUGUAGCCGACCUCGCAGUCGUACCAGCAGGCGGCAAUGAUGCGGCGCUCAACGCAUCAUACCUCAUGAGUCAAGUCCGAAAGAGCUGCCCCGCAGAUACACUAUGGGCGAUUGAGUCUGUGACCCUGACGCCGAUCGUCUCUGACCAGAUCGCCGCUACGAUCCCCAAUUCUUGGAUCAACUGCGGCGGUGGUGGUCUAGGCUGGUCUGGCGGUGGCGCCCUGGGAAUUAAGCUCGCAACCGACAACGAGCAUGGAGGGCCAAACAAAGGCAAGUUCGUCUGUCAAGUCGUCGGAGACGGGACAUUCCUCUUCUCCGUCCCAGGCUCUGUAUACUGGAUCGCGCGGCGAUAUAACAUCCCCGUGCUCACGAUUGUGCUGAACAACAAGGGCUGGAAUGCGCCGCGGAGGAGCAUGCUCUUGGUGCAUCCGAAUGGGGACGGGUCACGCGCCACGAACGAGGACCUUAACAUUUCCUUCGCGCCAACCCCCGAUUACCCGGGAAUCGCAAAGGCAGCUUCCGGGGGCCAUAUCUGGGCUGGUCGUGCAGCCACUGUUGCGGAAUUGGCUAAGCUUUUGCCAGAGGCUGUCAAGAGUGUGUUGAAUGGGACAGGGGCAGUUUUGGAGGCGCAGCUUGACGGGACGGAGGGGAAGUACGUUGAGAAGAAGUAG